GCCGUUACAGCACAACUUAAACCCAGGCUCUAACAACAACAACAGAAGUCACUACAUCAUUAACUAUGGCGGAUAGCACACGACCAGACCGCGACCACGGUCGGAGAAGAGAUUCACGUUCCAGAUCACCUAGGCGACAUCAUUCGCAUUCUCAUCGGAGACGAUCACCGCAUAGUAAUCAUCAUCGAAGCAAACGACCGACCGAAGCAGCACCAGAACUCCCAUAUGGUUGUAGGCCGAUCACGAAAAAUGAUUACGAGACAUUCAAACCAAUGUUUGCAUCGUAUUUGGAUAUUCAGAAAGGCAUAUUUCUGGAUGAGUUAGGGGAAACAGAAGUUAAAGGGAGAUGGAAGAGUUUCCUUGGAAAAUGGUAAUCACGAAUUUGGUUUCGGCCAGAGAAAGUUGUGGAAUACCGGCUAACAUGUGUGAGGAAUCGUGGAGAACUUUCGGAGGGUUGGUAUGAUCCAUCAACAUUGCGAAAAGCCCAAGAAUCGGCAAGGGAAUACGAGGAAGAAAUAGCUCGGGAGUCAAAUCCGGUCCAGUCAAAUGAACCUUUAUUGAGUUUGGAUCAGCGCGAUCUCGAACAGAAAGAUUCCAAUGGAGCAGAAGACGACGGAGAUGAUAGUGAUGAUUCGAUGGGUCCAACAUUGCCAGGGGAGAUUAAUAAAUCUAAAAGGAAUAGGCUGGGGCCUAGUAUACCAAAUAUGGAAGAUUUGGAGCUUAGGAGAGAAAUGGCCGUCGAAGAUGGAAUGGCUCGCCGCGACGACAUAAGGUUCGAGCGGAAAAUUGAUCGUAAACAACAGAAGGAGGCACUAGAUGAAUUGGUUCCGCGAGCUGAAGCUGGUACACGAGAACGUCAAUUGGAAAAGAAGAAAGAAGUGAACGAGAAGAUGCGAUCAUUCAGAGAAAAAUCUCCUGGUGCAGCAGAAGUUCCGGAUACUGAGUUGAUGGGCGGCGAUGAUGGAAUUGAAGGAUUCAAGAAAAAGAAAGAAGAAUUCCAGCGCAAGAAGAAUGAGAGAGAAUUGAGAAAGGAAGAGAUAAUGAGAGCUAGACAGGCUGAGAGAGAUGAGAGGCUACAAGAGUAUAAACAGAAGGAGGACGGGACUAUGGCUAUGCUCAAGGCUUUGGCUAAGCAGAAUUUUGGAUGAACGCAUUCAAUAUGGCGAACCAGGACAGAAGCAAUACAUGCGGCUUUGGGAAAUCAAGUCUUUACGAUUCUCUAUUAAAUAAAUUGUAUUAAUAUCUGCCUUUUUAUAAGAAUCCA